AAGUGAUGUGUGGAGUGAUGCCGCUAGCGCUCCGUUUUGAGCUACUCUCGCUUCGCCUUCUCGUACGCUCUACUGUCUCAAACCCAUUGAUAAUCGAGAACUUCAACACACUGCAUGAGAUAGGAUCUAAAUGCAAAAUCAUGAACACAUAUCAUGAUUUUGCCUCUUUACAGGUACACCCUAGCAGUCCAGAAAAUGUAAAUCGUGCCAGCUUGCCAGGGUCCUGCAGUUCCCGUUUUAUAGUAGAUACCUCUUUAAAAGAGGAUACAAAGUCUAUCUCCGAUAGUCUUCGCAGGACGACAAUUCCCAGCAUUUUUAUGGAAAAGUAUGGCCAUUUGAACCGAAACCAAUUUUACACAGACGGAUCCUCCUCAGAGCAGGGCAUCGGUUUUGGCGUAUAUAACAUCGAUUCCGAAGCAUUUUUUCAACUACGCCGACCAUGCUCAAUCUACAUAGCGGAGCUCGCCGCAAUCUUUUACGCCUUAUUGAUCAUAAGUGCUUGUCCUCCAGACGAAUAUUUCAUCUUCUCCGACAGCUUAAGCGCUGUCGAAGCACUAAAGUCUGUGAAGGCAAUUAAGAGCCCUGACUAUUUUGUGAAAGAAAUUUUAAAGGUCUUAAGCUCCUUGUUUGAAAAAUCUUUCCGAAUAUCUCUUGUUUGGUUGCCCGCUCAUUGCGGUAUUCUAGGCAAUGAAAAGGCAGAUCAAUUGGCCAAAAAGGGCGCUUCGGAAGGGUCUCUUUUUGAUAGGCCUAUCCUACCUCACGAGCACAUGCGUGCCCCACAAUCUCUCUGCAUGGCUCGGUGGCAGAGUAUGUGGGACACAGAUGAGCUUGGGAGGUUUUUAUAUUCGAUCACUCCCCAAGUUAGCUUGAAGCCCUGGUUCCAAGGCAUCUCAGGAGAUCGUGCGUUCAUUCGAAUGAUGUCUAGGCUUAGGUCUAACCAUUUCGCAUUGGGUGCGCAUCUCCAGCGUAUAGGACGGGCCGACUCCAAAACAUGUGGCUGCGGCCUCGGAUACCAUGACAUAGAUCAUAUUCUAUGGUCUUGUCUGGAGUACGAGGCAGCACGACCCUCCCUAUUGGACGCAGUUCGGGACAUCGGCAGAACGCCCAAUGUUCCAAUUCGAGAUCUGCUGGGUGGCGGGGAUGAUGCCUACCUGAGGGCUAUUUUUGAGUUCUGCCGAGCGAAUGAGGGGCUUGGUAUGGCAUAGACGGAAUAUCCAGGAUGAUCCAGGACCAAAACUACACCGUUGCAAUGGCGUGUUGCAACGGUCAAAGAAAGCAGACAAGCCAGAGGGAUGGAAGAACGCUGGAUCUCGACACGCAGAAAACUGACGAUGGCAUAUCCCAAAAAA